ACUUCUAUAAAUAGUACUCGCAGCACUGCGGAGACGUUGACUAUCGUUUGGACAUUCCCUGGUCGUGUUUCGUCUCCAUAGUGUUCUUGCCUGUGCAAGUAGUAUCGCCCAUUGAAUCAUCCACGUAUCAAGAUGACUGGAACCAUGUCUUUUGGAUUUUUCGCCUUGGCGCUGACGGUGACAAGCUGCUUGGCUGCCAUCAGCGAGGUGAAAACCAACAACCCCGUCACACAGAAGCCUGGUCGUUUCCUCAGCCUGCCUGUCGCUCAGAAAUGUAGUCAAAGACCGAAAGAAUUUACGUACAAAGGACGCAAUUACUUCUACAGUGGCCACACUCAACAGUACAAAACAUCCAAAGUCGAUUGGUUGGAAGCAAGAAAUAUUUGCCGAGAAUACUGUAUGGACCUUGUAUCAAUUGAAACUCAAGAAGAAAACAAUCUCAUUUUCCGACUGAUCCAACAAAACGACGCUCCGUACAUAUGGACCAGCGGACGUCUGUGCGACUUCAAGGGUUGCGAGAACCGGUCGGACCUUGAGCCGAAGACCGUGAACGGAUGGUUCUGGUCGGCCACCCGCGGCAAGAUACCGGCUACCAACCAGACACCAACUGGCUGGACGUACAGCCCAUGGAGCAAGAGUGGACACAAGAAGACACCACAGCCGGACAACGCUGAGUUCGACAUCAACGGCACAGUGGAGUCGUGUCUGAGUGUGCUCAACAACGUAUACGGCGACGGCAUUGCGUGGCACGACAUCGGUUGCUAUCACGAGAAGCCGUUCGUGUGCGAGGACAGUGACGAGCUACUCAGCUACGUGGCAGCCACCAACCCCGGCCUCCAACUCUAAAUGUCACCAUCGCCAACUUCACCAAAAUCACCAUCCCUCCAUGUGAUCAUCCCCAUACCUCCCCACCACCCCGGGAUAAGCGACAGACGCCAUCCUUUAAAAUACAUAAUAUCAUGAUAUGUAUCCGACAAUAAUUGUACUUAAUACUCAUUGACCGGGCCCUUAGAAUUAAAAUCGGAUCCUUGAUAGAGGGCGCUGGAGACAGUUUAAACCAUAACAAUUUAAUAUUUAAUUCCGUGAGUGCAUCAGUAGUCACUCAGUAACUAAUUAGUGACAUCCUUCUUUGGUGUUAUGUUAUAAAAACAAGCAAGGCUCGUUUAUGAGUAAUUCUAAGGUCUACGGUUAUAGCUAAGCAAAAAAAUUUUCAGUUUCUUUUUCUCAUGCCUAUAAUUAUUCAUAAUUAUAAUGCCCGAGUCAAACAAGUUUCCGUCGAUGCCGGGCAUAAAAAUGUUUUAGAACUUCUUCGUUACAAUCGUAGACGACGUGCGUCUUAUCUUUCACUCCGCCCCCGUCCUUCAAUCCAUAAUCGUUUUUCAUCACCAUCAUUCCCUGUAUUUCAAUAAUACUAUAUUUAUAUUAUAUUAUACAUACAUAAUAUAUAUUUUAAGUUUAUUAUUUUUUUUUCGUCUUACAUUUUAUUGCUAAUGUAUUUCGGUUCACUAAAUUUAGGUGCGACUACAGUUGUCACCACGUAUCGUUCGUUUUUAUAUAAUUACUGUUUUCGUAUAAAUAAACGUUCGGGCGAUACACA